AUGCCUUUGUAUGCCAAGUUUUUGAAGGAGCUUAUCAACAAAAAGAGGAGCUGGCUUGAGAAGGAAACUGUGUUACUCACCGAGGAAUGUAGUGCUGUGAUUCAAAGAGGCAUUCCUCCAAAACUCAAAGAUCCAGGAAGCUUUGUAGUCUCAUGCAUUAUUGGCAGAAUGGUUCUCAACAAAGCUCUCUGUGAUCUUGGUGCCAGUAUCAACCUAAUGCCUCUCUCAAUGAUGAGAAAGCUUGCCAUAGAAGAGCUUAAACCCACCAGGAUGUCAUUGGUCAUGGCUGACAGAUCAAUCAAAACACCCAAUGGAAUUGUGGAAAACUUGUUGGUGAAGGUGGGGGAGUUUAUUUUCCUAGCAGAUUUUGUGAUUUUGGAUACUGAAGAGGAAGGAAACAAUUCAAUCAUUUUAGGAAGGCCAUUUUUAGCCACAGCAAGAGCCAUCAUUGAUGUAGAAAAAGGAGAGAUGAUCUCCAGGGUCCACAAUGAACAAAUGUCAUAA